AUGGUCGACGAAUUUUCUACUCGUGUUGCCAAAGAAAUCAAAAGUCUUCUGCCUAAUACUACUGGUAAAAGUGUAUUAGCUGUUGUUAACAACGUUCAAGAUCCAAAAGAAUCUUAUGUAAAAUUGUUAUCAGAUGCGGAGCAAUUGAUCUUAUUCACUGAAUCACCGGAGACUUAUAAACAAUUGGAUGAAUAUGUGAAAAAUCUAUCGAAAUCACCGGUUUUGAACUGUGCAAGUUUCAACAAUGCCGAAUUGCAAAAUAAUUUAUUCGACGUUUGUCUUCUUAUCAGAUCAUUCAAUCAACUGAAUAUUAAUGAUAAGCAAAAAUUGUUGAAAAAUCUUUUGUUAACACUCAAAACUGAUGGUCAAGUCUUUGUUUUCGAAAGCGAAUGGCCAAAAGACAAAGAAAAUCAUUCAAGCAAUCCAGUUGAUCUGAUCCAUCAUUUUCAUUCAGCAACAACAUCCGAUAAAGAACGAUAUGGUUUCGAAUUAGUUUUCGCUCGACCAUUACGUAGUUUUGUUGAUGAAAAGUACGAAUCGUUCCAUUUGUGCUAUGUUUUCAAGAAAAUUGCCAGACAGAAUGAUCAUUCAACAUUUCAAGAUUUUCUUGAUCAACAACAAUAUUCCACAAAUGGUGUCUUACGUUAUGAGAAAAUAUUCGGGCCAGGCUUUGUUUCAACAGGUGGACUAGAUACGACAAAGGAAUUUGUCGAAUCGCUUCAUCUUAAAAAUGAUCAACUUGUUUUGGACGUCGGUUGUGGUAUCGGUGGAGGUGAUAUUUACAUGGCUAAGACAUACGGAUGUUCGGUAAUUGGCGUUGAUUUGUCAACGAACAUGGUCAGUAUCGCCUACGAACGGUUGAUGGGUAUGACAGCAAGUAAACUCAAAGUGUCUUUUGAAAUUGGCGAUGUGAUGAGUCAUGAAUUCGAGCCGAACUCGUUCGAUGUUAUCUACAGUCGUGAUACAAUUUUACAUAUUUCCGAUAAGAUGAGUUUAUUCGCUCGUCUCUACGGUUGGUUGAAACCCGGUGGUCAAUUGUUUAUUAGCGAUUACACCUGCGCACCAAAAAAUGAAUGGUCAAAAGAGUAUGAAGAAUACGUCCUUCAAAGACGGUACACUUUAUUAACCGUACCUGAAUAUGGCAAACUCUUGGAAAGUGUUGGUUUCAAAGAUGUCGACGCCAAGGAUGCAACAGAGAAAUUUGUUGAAUGUUUAAACGUAGAACUUGAACGCAUCGAAGCCAAUAAAGAAGACUUCAUUCAAGAAUUCUCCAGUGAAGAUUAUGAACAUCUAAUCGAAGGUUGGCACGGUAAACUCCAACGAUGUGCUAAGGGUGAUCAACGCUGGGGAGUCUUUCACGCAAGAAAGUAA